CCCACCACAAGACCGUAGAUAACCCAUCAGCUCAGCUCUCACCACUUCUGUGCCUAUGAGUUUCUGGGAUGAGAGGUGCUCUUACCAAAAGAGAAGGAACUAUGUGACAUGAUAUUGGAUUGGCUGACGUGAAAUCCAGGGCCUCAUGGCUAUGCUGAGGCAGUAUCAUGACGACACAGGCUUUAGUGAGAGGAGCCUGAACCCUUACACAGAAAAGGAGGGUCUGAGACUGGGUCUGUGUGGCUGGGUAAAGAACACCAACAAGGGCACUGUGGUCGGCCAGGUUCAGGGGCCUGCAGACAUGAUCUGUGAGAUGAAGGUGUGGCUGUGUAAGGAGGGGAGUCCCAGCUGUUCCAUCACCCGGGCCUCGUUCUCCAAUGAGAGAUCCAUUGACAAGGUGGAGCUCUUUGGCUUCAAGACACGCUUCUGAGGAACUCCCUUCAUCCAACGCCACUCUAACCACACCCUCUCCAGUGCUUUUACCACAUCAAUGUCACCUACGGUCUCUGUGGGUACCACCUUAUGUUUCUAAAUGCAUUGUUUCGUUCCCAACCUUUCUGAAAAAUACAUAAAAAAAUGUCAAGAUUUUUUCAGAUGCCUAAAUCGAUUAUGCAGACAGUUUGAAAUUGUGUGACAUUUUUGUUUUAAGUAGAAGCUAAUCCAAAUAGUUGCUCAUCCAAAAGUUGUUGUCUUUUUCUGAUAAAUGCAUUCCCCGUCUGAACAUUUUGAAUGUAACAUUCAGGCUGGCAGAGCAGCAUAUAUUGUCUGGCAGCUUUGUGCUUUGCAGAUUCUCAAUGUUUUUCUUCUGAACAUGUAAUGCAAUAAAACCAUUCAAGCUCGA